AUGUCUAAUGGAGCAAGCUCCAAAGGGACCGAUUCCCAAACUGCCCCAACGCAGAAAUCAAGCGAUGCCAGUAAAGGAAUCUAUCCAGCUGGCGAAGUAAGCUCUUUAUCGUAUACGGAUCUGUGUGCCGGACCAAGCUCCAAUGGGAGUGAAUCUCGAACUGCAGAAACACAGAAGUCAAGUAAUGCCAGUAAAGGAAGCUAUCAAGAUGGCGAUAUAAACUCUUCGUCGUCUCGGCAUGAUGCGAGUUACAGCACCGCCAAUUCGCAAUCAAGCAAGCAAAAUGAGCUUGGGGUCAAAAUGGCGCAGCUCGGACUGUUUGGACGGAACAAGGAGAUCAAGACCAUCCGUAAAUGUCUGGAUGAUCUUGUGGCCACUGGUCAAAAGAAGCUCCUUUAUAUUUCGGGUCUCUCGGGUACUGGCAAGACAGCGCUUGCCGUCACAGUGGCGGAUGCAGUUGCCAAAAAGAAAGGGAUCUUCUCCAUGGGGAAGUUCGACCAAAAGCUCCGAGGCGAGCCGUACGCUGGUAUCGCAGCUGCUGGAAGACAUAUCUGUGGAGAGAUUCUUCAUCUCAAGCAUUCAGGCGAGCAGAUGGGUUCUUUGUCUUUUGAAGACAUUCAAGAGACGAUCAUCGAAAAGGUUGGACCUGAAUUGGCCACGCUUAUCCUCAUCCUACCUGAAAUCGAGGAUAUUGUUGGCGACUCUUCGGAGUAUCUCGCCCAGGAUGAUCCACAGGGGGGAGAUCACGGUGCGAACAAAGAACGUUUGAACGGUGCCAUCAGAAGUUUCUUUCGUACAAUAGCUUCCUUUUUCAAUCCACUCGUCAUGGUAUUGGAUGAUAUUCAGUGGGCCGAUCUACCAUCCAUCAACCUGAUGGAAGUAUUGAUGACUGACAAUUCCAGCAACAACUUUAUGCUCAUCGCUCUUUACAGAUCAAACGAAGUAGAUGGCUCCCAUGUCGUGAACAAAUUGAUCCGAAAUCUUGAUGAGAAACAGGACGAGUACGACUACGAUACCACAAAAAUCGCGGUCGGGGACCUGAAGGUGGAACAAGUCGAGGAGAUCUUGGCUGGUAUUUUUCAAAUUCCAUGCUAUCGAACGUCCGACUUAGCUGAGAUCGUCCAUCAGAGGACUGGAGGGAAUGCCUUCUUUGUUCUCAAUUUCAUUUAUAUGCUCAGCAAUGAAAAGCUCAUCGCAUACUCGAGAGCCGAGAAAAGUUGGGUGUGGGAUGAAAAUCAGAUUGAGCUCGAGACGGUUGCCAGUGACAAUGUUGUCAGCCUCCUCAAGGAGAAAAUGAAGAACUUGCCCCCGAAGAUGCAGGAAGUGCUGCAGCUUGCAGCUUGUCUUGGAGCAAGCUUUAGAGAGGACUUUCUAUCAAGAGUGGUCAAGGACUAUUUCAAGGAAAGACCGUUGAAGCCAAACGAGCUAUCCAAAUGGUCUAACGUAGACGGAAGAAAGCGGUCGAACCAAUGGACUCAAUAA